AUGGUGCAUAUAAUCUUUGCAACUUUUUUGGGCAAUAUUUAUGGUCAAGUCAAUUGUUUGUCUUUUGUAUCUAAGUAAUUAUAUAAAAGAGAAUUUUGUAAUGUUUAAGACAAGAACAGCAGUGUUCGCACUCGAAUCAGUUAACCACUGAUAAAACUUUCUGUGCCAAGUACUUUGAAUAGCUUCAAAAACGUCCCCGGAGUAUUUCAUAACAGGACUGCUAAAUAUAAAUGCCUUCUCUCUUUUUAAACGUGUUGACUUGAAAAAUGUCAAGCAAAAGCAGUUAAGCUAACAAAUUUUUGGCAGAAAUGGUAUGCAAUUAAAUGUAAGUUUUGCAUCUGAAGUCACGGUUAAUAAGCGUUCACUGGCUUUCGCAAUACGGCCAUCCAAAUGAAAGAGAUUUCCACAACCGGCCGUACAAGAGGAAAACAAAAUGCUCACAGUAAAGUGUCGCUUUUUAUAGGCUGACCGCAACGCGACAUGAUUGACAUUUAUACGGAAAUGUAAACUGGUACGAAUCAUAUUAUGUUGUUUGUGAGUCGGCAUUUGGCACCGGUAGUACGUGAACCGCGGUUUGGUGUCUUCUCGGUUUAGAAAACUUCGUAUUUAGUUUUAGAAUAUAAGUUCUGACCGGUGGACGGUUUUUUGGAUCUUUUUUUCGCUUCGGUAGAUAGAUUUUGUUAGAUUUUGACUUUUCAUAUAAUAGGCCACUUGCACUAAGGGAUCACGUGACCAAUGCUUCCUUUAAACAAUGAGUUGGAAUCUUGCUGAUGCCAAAAAUUGUUAGAACACAUAAAAAUUAUCUUACACCCGAGAUUUGAGAGGAAACGCAUUUAAGGGAGAUAUUUUAUGGGACUUUGAUUUUUCCACAAAGUAGUAUGAUUUGUAUUGGCCGCCGUAUUGGAGGGCAUGCUCUUGCCCUCCAAAAUGGCGGCCAAAACUACUUUUUGAUUAUAUCUUGUUCAACGUCUGAUAGUUACGCUCAGAUGUGCUGUAAACGUUAUCACAUCAUCUUUUCAACAUUUUCCUCGAAGAUUAAGUGCAAAAUUUGUGUUCAGAGAGAGGUACUUCACAGAAAAUUCAUACAAGACAGCAAUUAUAUCUUACUGAAGAGAAAGUGAUUACAAGACUUUUUUUAGUUUAACAGGUGUGACUGGCUCAAAGCAAAGAGAAAGAUUGAUCAGUUGAAAAGAUUGAUGGUUACAAAAAUCAAGAGAAUUGCAAGAAUCGAAAGUUAACGAAAAUAUCCAUAAAAAGACUUUGUUUAUGAAAUACAAGUUUAGUUCCGCAACAGUCCGAGUCCGUCCGGCAACAUAAGAGUCUUGUAACAAUUUCGUUCGUUAAGAUAAUCAUAGGAAAAAGUACAAUUUUUAAUAACACUAAAACGUUAUAAUUAAACUUACUUGAACAGGGUGGUUGUUCAUUUUUAGAAUAAUGAUUGCUGACAGUAACACCUUCUCGGCAACUAUUCCAGUUUCGGUAAUAAAUUUACCAUUUAUUUUCCAACUUUAUUUUUCAUGUUCAAAAUUGCGUUUUUGCGUUCCUUAACUUAAUGUCAUGUGGUAGUCACGUCAUAUGCGUCAAUGGAUGAUCAACUUUUUCCUGGGAGUUGGCUAUUAUGUCACGAUUCGAGGGUUCCACUAUCACUUAUAACAGUUGUUCAUCCUUAACUAGUUCACAUGAAUAAUACUUCUCAUCGCAUCUCUCUUUCUAUAUCCAUUUUUUUUUUCAGAGAGACAAUGUGACGCCAUGUGAUGGUGAAGUCACAUGCAUUAAUGGCUGCUGCAAGAAUAAUCCUUGCCAGAAUGGAGGAACAUGUACAGAAAUAUGUGAGCCCACGAGCGUUCGGUACAACUGUUCUUGCCCAGCAAAGUUUAUUGGUCGACACUGUGAGUUUGAAAGAAAAAGCUGCCAGGCCUAUAAAGCUGCAGGAGAAAGAAAAUCUGGAUUGUACACAAUCAUUGAUAACAGUGAUAGAGUCUUCAAAGUAUUCUGCGACUUUGACUCCGAAGCCAACUUUGCAUGGAACUUGAUCCAGUCAUUUAAGUUUUCAAACAAUGAUGACUUUAAGGUAAAUUAGGUUCAACUUAAAUCUAUUUUAGCUUAAAAAUAAAUCAUUUGCAUUGUGUUGCAUGUGAUGCUGUGUUUGUCCUUGUUAGAGCACUGGACUAGCAAUUCGGAGGUCCCGAGUUCAAGUGCCACCCGGUCCACUGGUUUGAUUUUUUCUCGGUAUCCCCGAGUUCAAAUCCUCGACCACACGUGUAAAUAAUAGCCAACAGGUUUGCCUCCGGCCAGUUGGAAUUCUCAACGGGUCAAUUUAGGUUUCUUUGAAACUGCCCACCUACCCUUCCCCUAAGCUAUCAUUUUGCCCUAAGUGAGAAGUAAGUGUUAAUGUUAGCUUAGGGGAGGGGUAGGUAGGCAGUUUCCCAGAUAUCUAAAUUGAUCCUUCUUAACCGCAUUGAUGUUUCUUUAUGGAGAUGUCGCAAAUUCAGAAAGUGGAAUCUCAAUAACGGUCAGACAGAAUGAAAAUCGAAUUUUAUCAAAACACCUCUUGCCGACCUGUCUGCUUCCUGAAAUCUCCUCAUAACUUACUGUAGAAAGAGCCAAAACCUUGCCUGAGUUGUUGUUGUUGUUGUUGUUGUUGUUGUUGUUGUUUAUAUAUGCAGGGCGUUAUCUUUUCUGACUACAAUGACGCAGAUGCGAUCAGUGGCGAUCAACCAAACUGGCAUGCGUACUUGAUCCGCCCAGCAUACCUGGCAUGGCUUGGGAACCAGUCCACUCACUGGCGAGCUACCUGCCGCUAUGAUACCGACGGAGUUGUGUACACAGAUUACAUGCGAACAUCCCUGGCAGAUUGCAACAUACUUACCAUGCAGAAAGUACAUCGUACGUGCUUCCAGUUUGAAUUCAUAAACAUCCGUGGACAUAACUGUUCCAGUUGCACUGUACCUCUCUGGAAUGAAAAAGGCGGUUAUUCUUUGCAUACAGAUACCAGCAUCAAGAAAUGCGAGUUUGACGGACAAACAGGCGCCGUUCAUCGAGAAGACAACUUUGGUCAUUAUGUUCAUUCUAAUUCCUUACAUCGCUGUUCUUCUGGCUCUAAUUCUACAACUCAGUUCUGGCUUGGAGGCAAAUGAAGGGUUGUCAAUUAUAGACAAAUUGAUAGUACCUAUGUAGUAGAAAGGAGGGGUCCAUGGUCCGUGUCAGAUCAUAAGGAGGCUUUUGGCACAGAUAUGUUUAAAAAUGGAAACUAACUCCUUACGUAGUGGGGGCAAAAAGCAAAAAAAAGGGGUGAAACAGCAAAAAGAAAAAAAAAAUCGGAAGCGAAGUGAGCCGAGCGGUGGACUGGGGAAGUGCAAAGGGUGGUGGUGCCUGGAGACAUACCUUUGACGCCGCCGUUCCAUGAUACCAGAUUCUGCUAUCAUGAUCUGAUUGGUCAAAUGUCUUAAUGUUAACACAUUAUCAUUAGCCUGUGUACAGACCAGACAGACGCCCCCACCCCUUGGUGUUCGUCGAGUUAGCGAUCGAAUUGAAGUAGAUCACCAUGCACUCUAUUUUAUUCGAGCGAAUUCAAAGACAGUAUAUACUUUUUGGAAUACGCUCACGGUGGCAUCCGUGAUGAGAACUUGGCGUGUUGAAAUUUCAAUAACGGGUUAAGGGCGGAACGGCCGCAUCAAAGGUAUUUUUCCAGGCUCCGCCACCCUUUCCUCUCCCCAGACUACCGCUCGGCUCGCCAAUGCGGAGCCUGAUCCCAGACUCCCAGGCUAAUGCUUUGACCACUAUUUCCUUCCCCUCCCCUUCCAGGGAUAGUUUUAUUGUUCCCUUUUGGACUGAGUGUAUAUAGUGUAGUGUAUAUAUAAAGAAAACUGUCAGUAAAAAAGUGUUUGAAUCAUCCAAUUUUAGGACAGUAUUCUGCCCAAACCCCUCUAAAUGACUGUUAAAUUUUUGAUGAGAAAGCGAGGGGGGGGGGUAUCUGUUUACAGCUAUGUUUAAGCCUGACGUUGGCUUUUUCAAGCCAGAAGCGUCGAGAAAUGAGUUAUAAAGACCAAUGUCCCCCAUCUGAAUUGGCAAACUCUAGAGAAGCAUAGCGAGUUCUUCAGUAUCUAUAGUUAAGUGCUACAACAUAAUUUUUGGAAUAGAUAGCCUUUCCGGACUUUUUCGGACUUUUUAGAGCUUGCUAUAAGUGUCAAAUUAGAGCCAAUCAUGAUGUGAAAGUUGCCACUCUGAAUUGCAAUUGCUACGGGUAUUCGUUCUUUUUACGGAUCGUUAAUGUCUGACGUAACUUGCCUAAAGACGUAGUGCACGAAGGAUCGUUGACUUUAUUUCGCAACAGAUUGAGGACCAUUGAAGACUUAUAUGAAUAAUGAUUUUUAAAAAUGGAAAGAGUUUAGUCGAUGAUAUCAAGAAAAUAAUGUUUUAGGUUGUAGCUUUUAGAUUAUAGCUUUUUUCUUCUUUACUUUGGGGAGUCAUUUGUAUAGGGGCAACCACAAGAUCUCCCUUUUCGAGAGGUAUUUCUUUUUGUGUUAUGUUGUCUCUUGAAUAAAGUAUCGUUAUCGUCAUCAUGUACAGUGGAAUCUCGAUGUAACGAACCAGUAAUAGUAAAAUAUAUCAAAAAGAACCUCGUUAUAGCAAACAGAUUUUGCCAGUGCCUUUGCUAAUCGUCAUAUCGAGUUCCAAUGUAUGCGGCAAAGGGCUAAGCGAACUGAUGCCAGUAAUUUGAUUAAAGCGUAAAGCUGUGAGAGGGUGGGGGAAGCUGGGGUACCGUAGUAUUGGGGAUUCCACCCCUGUUUCUCUCCUUAAACAACUUUUGGACCCAAUUGAUGAGUUAUCUUUUCAACAACGAUUCAUUACUGAUCACCCUGGGGCGAUGCAAAAGACUCUGUCGAUUGCGUUUGAGACGACAUUAUAUAGCCCACGUCACAAGUCGACCCGACGGAUUACAAAAUCGUUCAUUUGCAUUAGUCAGAAGCCUAAUGAUAAGCUUUGGAAAUGCGGCUUAUCAUUUUCCUAAGAUAUUAACUAAUUGUGUGGAUAGCAUGCUAUUUCACUGUUUUUAAUGAUUCUUAAAACCGUAGUUAAUUGAGUGGAAUGGUUAUGAAACCCGUCAGACUCCUUUGUUAUAUGUUUUUGUGGACCUGAAAGUGCACAACGUUCAAAAGAAUUCCUAUCAUUUUGAUUGUAUUGACCAACAAAAACGUUGCAUUAAUUUAUUCCGUAACAAUUUGCCAAC